UGCCCUAAACCGCGUUGAUGACUCGGAUAUUAUGUCAGCGUCCGCAGCAAACGUCAAACCAACAACCCCCCCCCAAGUUCUUCCUAAGAGCGCGAAGGAGAGAGGAGAGACAACAACGCAAUGCACUGUUCAAAGGAAGGCAUUUAACUGGCUUUCUUACGUUUUCCUAAGAUAAAAUACUAACUGGUGUUAUCUGUUCUUUUCUGGGCUUCAGAUCUAUGCCCGUUUGGAUUGUUCUAUUGCUGGUUAUCAAGAACUGAACUGCACAAUUUAUGUUGGGAUAAAAGUUGGAAGUAAAUUCGGCCCCGUUGGAGUUGUGUUCGGGAACUGCCUGGGAUUUCACUAUUAUCCUCGCCAUUCACCCAUCAUGGCCCCUUCCGAAGUGUCAAUAUUGUCAAAUUUCCUUCUCUCCCCAUCUCCUCUACCCACCCUCAUCUCUUUGAGCAAAUUCACAGAGUUAUUCCCCAGGCAUCUCCGGUCCCACCCGCAGAUAAGGGUCCUAUAUCGAGAAUUACAACAUAUCCGCUCUCAGGAUCUUGAUCUCGUCAGGGAAAAUAUCGACAGAGAAAUUCAGAGAGGCGAGAGACAAAGAGAAGAACUGAGAAAUGCAAAGCAACUUACCGGUGUAAGUGGGAUGGACAAAACCGAUAAACUAGAAAUGGAGAUGGAUAUCCAGCUUUUCGGUCAAAGAGAGCCUGCAAUUUCCCCCGAAGAUUUGCACACAUUGGCGUCCAUUCUGCCAGAGAUGGGAAAAGCUUGCUCAUCGAUGGAACAGGAAAUUGAAGCUGCAGAUGCCGAAGCUGCGCGUAUAUUCGCAGAACUUAGUUCUACCGUGGGGGAAUUAAGUGAACUACGCUAUGGGAAAUUCAACAAGCCUGCUGAUGUUGCCACCAACGCUGUUGACGAUGGUAUUCGAGGCUUGAAGGAACUUGAGAAUGCCUGCAAUCCCUCUAGGAAGGGUUGAUUAACCCUUUCCGAAUUUUUGAUCCUUUGGAUACCUUCAAAUGGAGACGCCCUUGUCCAAAAGCCAUUUUUGUUAUGGUGCGGCUCACCCGGGUCGUGCAAAAAGCUGGCUGGAUUGCACAUUAAUAUGGAACAAGACCCCUCUAGGGAACAUGUCAAACCGAAGCUCAGGCCAGGAUUAACGAGUCCAGCGACCACAGCACUGUACUUUUCUUGGUUUCGAGAUGUGUGGAAUCAUUGAGGUGGUAUGGAUGUAUUGAGAUGGGGUUCCCUUUGUCGAGCGCUUCAACACUAUUUGGAAAGGCCACUCUGACCAGGAAGGCUAUGGAGUAACACGGAAUAAGUUGAUUUACUGCAAGUAAACAUGAUAAAUUUCACCAAAAAACCUGGCUGGACACUGCUAAACUUCCGACGUCCCUGCUGAGAAAAUGGAGAUGAAAUCGUCGAAACUUCCCAACGCUUCUCACAAAAUGUUUUGAAAAAAAGGCCCUUAAGGUUCAAACUGUGAAACCACCAUCCGAACGAACAAAUGCACAGGAUAUUUACGGUCUUUUUCGUUCUAUUCCAGGGCAACUCCUUAUUAUUCCGCGGACAGAAUAUUGGAGUGGCGGUGAGAGAUAUUCUUCAGGUUAGGAAGAUAUUCUGUGCUCUGAGAAAAGUUCUCUGUUUCUGCCUCCAUUCCUACAAACAUUCGAACCCUCCACUGUCAAUCUCCUCCAUGUAGUAAUAUGACCGUUUCAACCAGCCCAGUUCGGCCAAUAACGGGUUACCAACAAGCCUCAGGAUCUCACCUUCAAGAUACUGAAGGCGGACACUCCCUGCGCCUAAGGCCGGUCGGCCGACUUCGUCGAAUCGAUGCUGCUUUACUGGCAUGCGCUGUUUCCAGUUGACGGUCUCGUUCCCAUGGCCACGGGGCAAUGGAGGAAAUCGACAAUAGCCAGAUUUGCUCCGGUCAUCGCCCUCGUGCUUGAACUCCUCGUAGCUGGGCCAAGGUGCCAAGUCACGAAUACUGGGAUAGGCCCUCCGAGGCACCCAAAUGGUCUCUCUGGCGAGAACCAAGGCCAGCCCGUCUGGUAACUUCUUUCCUCCAAGGACCGGACCCACUUGGACCGGCUCGCACCGUCCCCUUUCAAUCGCUCUUCUGAGAGCUUGGCAUAAAAGACGACUAUGCUUCUCCUCCAUCCACGCGAGCCUAUGGGAAAUCCAUGCCCCAAAGGUCCUUGGCGUAAAGGGGGAUUUUGGCGCGACGUACAUCAUCGUAUUCCGGACCCUCACCCAGGCUUCGAAUUCUCUUGUUUCGGUUGACAACCAUGUUUGAGAUGCCGUAUGGCUCAUGAUUGCCGCGUUGGCGUCUUCAGUCCGGCGAUGAUGGGAGCGAUUUACAGCGGUCGAAGGGUUGGUGUUGAGGUUGUUAAGUUGGGUUCGAACGCUGCCCAUUUAAUUCUGGGCUAUGGGAAACUGCAUAUCAAUAUUCGCCGUUAGCUUCUGCAACCUGAUAUAAUGCCCAUGGGACCUGUCCCCGUACCUUAAACUUGACUGUUCCCGAGCACACAAGAGCCGUGGCUCAGAGCUUGAAAAUUGGGGAGGUGGGAGGAAAGCCUUGCCUACUUUAUAGGCAAUGUCUGAUAUUCAAUCCAAGAACGCCGCGUUGUAUCUGGAUGUUUCCUUCUGGUUCUAUUAAUGGAUGCCUAAGGCCCAUAUCUCGCCCGUGAUAGAAGAAGGUUCAGGAAAUUUACAGAGUCGAAUUCUUUGGAUAGCUCUGCCUUUCGAUGGCUCAUAAGGCGGCUGUUAAAGAGUAGUAGAGGUUGGAGGGCCAUGUUUGCUGUUUUUCUGAUCUAACCCUUGCUUAAUCACUGAAGAUUGUAUUCGCCCUUUCUGACCGACCCGCCGCUUCUCAAGAAACAAGGGCUGGGAGGCUCCAAUUCCAAAAACGAAAGUCUAGCGAAAGAGAAGGGUACUACUGAAUUAAAUUUGAAUGACUUUCAUUUGUUGAUAUUUGAAAGGCGAACAACUGUUUUUUUGACACAAAAGACCUGGGAACCUGAAGUGAAGAAAAAUAUUCUGUGAUAUAGACCCAUAAUUCAUUUUCAGUAAGCAGCAUUUUGUUCAAGGAGCUAUAUCCAUAUUCUCUCUCUUGACUACAAAACCUCUCGCCUCCAGACCAAGGGGUGUUAACUUGUCUGACUGGAUUUCUCUGUGAGGGUGUUCUUCAUUCCUGUGGCAGCUAGGUUAUAUUUAGGUUGCUGUCUUUCUAAAACUAAAGAACAUUAUCUAUGAGAUGCUUUGAUGAUCUUAGUGGAUUUGGGGUGUUUUAGUUACUCCUGUCCCUCCAAUUCAAGGUGCGAAUCUUCCAAUGCUUCCCGGGGCAGAUUCAUUGUGACUGCCUGUCUUAUUUAUACAUGUCCACUAUUUUUUAAUACAAAGGGUAUGAUCAGAUCCUUUACCUAUCCAUUAUUGCAAUUGUACUUCCGUAUAUUCAAAGUAUAUCAAUUAAUUGUGUAUUCUGCAAUAAGUACUCCA